AUGUCAAAUAAUGAAAUCUUGGAUGAAACUCGCAAUAGCUUAGAAAAAGCUAUCAAAACAUCGGAUUAUAUUACUCAAUCAAUUAACGAUAAUAAUUGUCUAUAUGAUCCGUAUGGUGAAGAAAUAAACAAAAAUAUAGCAGAAAUUG